AUGCCAGAAAAGCUAGACCCGCCCAAUUUGAGAGCUCCUCAGAGGCAGAGCCAUGAUUUGUAUAAGAGACGCAGGCUAGUCAACACCAACCACAUAUCACGCCCUCUUUCGAGAGAUACCUCGCUAUCUCCAGUCAGAAGAAGUGGAUCUCCUGUACGGCGCCAACAUAUAUCAGAAAUCGAAGAAAGAGCGAGGACUGCGCUAGUAUCACUGGAGCCUGAUGGUGCUGAUAGGGCUAGUCCAAAGAAGGUGAAGUUUGUUGAUAAUGUGCAGGAUGACAUCGAUGAGAGGUUCCUGAGGCUACAGGCCAGGCUAGAGAAGAGAUUAGACAAGUUUAUGGAGUCGGUUAAUGAAAGGCUUAUCGCAUUGGAGAGUCAGUUCGAUGCGCAGCAAGAGGGGUGA